UUGAGGUGUGCUGCGCGGCCGAACAAACGAACGUCUCGAACGUUUCGAGGGGUCAUCAAUUAAAAAGGAUUUUUUUCGUCUCGGAACGGCUACACGAUAAUUCGUAUUUCGUGGCCGGUGCCCGUUACUGCCGAAAAUAAAUAGUGAUCAGUCUUUAUUAUUGUUAUUAUUAUUUUAUUAUUAUUAAUAGUCAAUUUCGGAUGCGAAUCGUGCGGUAAAUAAACAAAUGGGCCUUCUAUUUGAACCGAUGCAGUUUCGGGUUGCGAUGGUUUAGGAUGGUUUGGACGCAAGCCAUGUUCCGUUUUUUUAACGAGAUGAUGAUUUGAUGCUAUGAAAUUGUACGUUAAAAAUAAUAAUGGAUUUGCAACGAAAAAUAAGAAAUCUUGCCAAUAAAAUGAACCCGUCGCCGGUAAAACCAUCGCCGACCCAGCAGCAUCAGGGCUCGAAUCAGGGGAUGGCCACCCUCAUUGUUAUGUUGGCAGUUUUGAUGAUAAUAAUAAUGUUCUGUUGUUUUGCCGCGCCAGGCGUGAGGAACCUUUGCAAGCGAUAUAUAUUCCGUACAUGCACCAUCGAUGAUCCAGACACAGAUAAUGUUGGCACGCCAGCCGCAGAGUCAGCCACGCCAACAAUAAUUCUCCUGCCAUACGGAAGAAUGCUGUUGGUCGACAGAUCCGUGUUCGCUCAACUGCACACGGACCAACCGGGCCUGGAUUUCUUCGAAUUGAGUGCCGACUUGAUCCGCGCCCAACGUCACCAGACCGGCAGCACUCCCAGCAUCCUGGACUCGGACACGACCAGCAAAGGUCUGUCGCCGAUUUCCCUCGGACUGUCGCCGCCUGCCUACGAGGACAUAUUCGGCGACAAGUCCAGGUCCGAUCUUCCGCCCUCCUACAGUGAGCUGAGUCUCAUGUUCAGGAAUUACAAUAGACAGAUCCAUUGUGAGAGCAUCGAGAUGUGUAGUUUGAACGAACGAGGUUUGGUUGGCAACAGUGAUGAAAUUAGUGAUACGGAUGUAAAUAAUGAUAAUAAUAUUAAUAAAGAAUUGGAUGAAGGUGGCGGAGUGGGUAUAGACAUCGAGAGCAGUCCAUCCACAUCGAAUCUGGAAUGUCCGGAGGACAGAUCCAGUCGAGAGAAUCAAUACAAUAAAGAGAGCAUUAUGUAAGCUGUUAUCAACUUGUUAUUUAGUAAGGUGUAAGUCUCAUUGUUUAUACAUAAAGAUAACAAAAAAACGCUUUAAUUUGGGAUAGGUGAGGUUUCACUAAAUUAAAAAAAAAACAUGACCUAUUGCUGGACGCAAUCCGUCUAAUGUUCUAAUUUAAUUUUAAUCUCUGUUGAACUGUAAAGAACUAUUCCAAGCUACUAAAAAGUAUUGUUGUAUUUCUGAAAUGCACUUUCAAUAUGCAUUGUAAAUAAAAUUAGUUUUUCGAUUCCUUAAAUUUUAUCAUAGCAAUGUACGAACUCCAAGUGACCUAACAUUUUCAGUGUAGUUUUAAAAUUAUCAUUCUUACUUUGCAAUAGUAAUUCUAUUUUUUCGCAAAGUCAGUAAGAAUCAUAAUGCUUUAAAACUG